CUCUCUCUCUCCUUCUCGCUCUUUAGCCGUUGGACAAUGACAGUAUCAGAGCUGACACAUAAACCGAGCACUCGGCUGAAAGACUGCGGUCACUUUCCUCUCUGCCACCUGUAACCUGACAACAAACCCAAAGGAAGACGCCACCAGGAGAUGAUACCUGCGACAAAGGGCCACCGAGUCUGAAUGGAUAAAUAUUUCUCACUUGCUUUGACUCUCAGUGACCAAGAGGUUUGUUAAACAACAAACCAGAAGAGACUCACAGAGGACUGUUCGACUGAUCUGACACUUCUACGAGUCAAAGAACAAUUUAAAGAACCGACAAAGCUCGUAUGAAUCAACUGAUGCCGGUUUAUGAGGACCUCAUUUGUAAGUAAACAUCACAAAAGUGAAGGAAUGCUUUGAAGAGAGCGACUCAAAGGAGCGCUCCUUCGCCACAUACAAGAGGCUCUAAUCGAGACAAAAGACUUCUUUUUCACAUAAACCAGAAAGACAUUGACGUCAUCAUGGAUAUAUUUGGAGGUGCUCCUCGGGUUUUGGGCUACCCGCGCCCUGUGUUGGCAAAGUGCGGCACAGACGCCACGCUGAGGUGCCAGAUCGACGGCGACCCUCGUCCUGAUGUGAUCUGGGAGCGUAAAAACAUCCAGAUCUUGUCUGACGGACACUACAAGCUCUCUGAGGAGGGAAAAGCUUACCUGCUGACCAUUGCUGGAGUGACCCCGCAGGAUGCUGGCCAGUAUAUUUGCAAGGCCAAAAAUAGCAUAGGAGAAACCUAUGCAGCAGCCUCCCUCAAAGUGGAAGGAGAAGUCCAGCCAGAGCAAGAAGGGCAAAGGCAAUUAGGGGUCAAUGGUGUGAAGCAACCAAUGAAAGAACAUGGAGAAUUUGAAGGACACCUGAAUGGCUACUGCACAGUGCAAAAUGGAGAUCUCAGGAGGGAGAAUGGAGAGAACGGAGAUCACAAGUGGAACAACAAAAAUAGUGAGGUGGAUUUGACGUCUGACGAUAAACCGCGAUUCCUCAUCAAGCCGUUAUCCCUGCGCGUGGAUCGAGGAGAAGAUGCCGCCUUCUCCUGCAAAAUCUGGGGCACUCCUUUGCCCGAGGUAACAUGGGAGAAGGACGGCAAGAAGCUGAAUGAUAUCUUUGAGAGCGCACAUUUCAGUGUAAGCAACCAAGAUGGUGGCUGGUUCCAGCUGAAGAUCUACAGGACGCGCAUGCCGGACAAAGGUGUCUACACCUGCAGGGCCAUCAGCUGCCAUGGUGAAGCCCUGGCCGGUGCUGUCCUUCUUGUUGAGCCCGUGCCGGAGCGAGAGGAGAGUAAAAUGUCCUCACCUGGUCACACUAACAGCCAGCUGACGCCCAAACAUCGGGGCGGGAGGCUCAGUUUGUCGAGGGUUGUAGAGGAGCUACCUGUCAACAUGUCUAAAGCCAAGAAGUUUGCAGUGGCAGAGGGGAAACAUGCCAAGUUUCGCUGCUUUGUUACCGGGAAGCCAAAGCCAGAGAUCAUAUGGAAGAAAGACGGGGUUCCCCUGGAGCCUGGGAGGCGUCAUUUGAUAUUUGAGGACAGAGAGGGAUACUACACACUGAAGGUUCUGUACUGUAAGGUGCAGGAUACAGGACUGUAUGUGUGCGCGGCAUCAAACGCUCUUGGAAACACCCUCAGCGCUGUUCACCUGUCCGUCAAAGGCCCGACUGUGCGCUUCAGAUGUCCGUUAAAAGACGUAGAGGUGAGGGAGAGGGAUUUUGCAGUGCUGGAGUGCGAGGUACCCGAUGAGUCGAUCCCAUCCGCCUGGUACCUGGAGGACCAGCGGCUGAUGCCCAGCAGUAAAUACGGGAUGGAGCAGAAAGGAACCAAACGAAGACUGACCAUCCACGAUGUCGGGACGGACGACGAUGGAGUGUAUCUCUGUGAGAUGCCAGAUGGAGCAAAGAGCAUUGCAGAGCUGUCGGUGAAAGGUACUAUUGUUCGUAAACUUCCCCGGAAGCUGGAGGUCCUGGAGGGCGAGAACGCCGUGUUCUGUGUGGAGGUGGAGAACGACGACAUGGAGAUCCACUGGUUCAAAGAUGGUUUGAAGCUACACGAGACUCAUCAGACAAUCCUCAAGUCUUUUGGCAAAACUCACAUUCUGGUCUUCGUCAACGUGGCCUAUCACGACUCAGGGGUAGUGACCUUUGUCGCAGGAAGAUCCAAGACCUCAUCACGUCUCAAGGUCAAAGCCACAAGACACUGCCCUCCUAUCUGCCCCGUGGGAGCCAAAAUGGAUGUAGAUCGACCCAACAGUGCCCUGCUCACCUGGGUUCCUGCCCCCAACAGCCCGACCUACACCCGAUCCAUCUUUGUUGUGGAGAGACAGGAAGUUGGAUCUCAAGAGUGGCAGAAGUGUUUCACCUCGGAAACCACCACUUCGGUUGAGAUCUCAGGCGACAGUGUGCAGUGUGAGGGCAACUACCGCUUCCGUGUCUGCUGCAUUAACAAAUAUGGACGAAGCGGCCAUGUAGAGUUUCCCAAAGCUGUCCAUCUGGUUCCCGGGCCAAAGAUUCACAGUUCUCUCAAAGGCUGUGAGGUUGAGGAAGGAGAGGACGCUCACUUCUCUAUCGAAUUGUCCACCACAAUGGUUGGAACUUGGUUUCUGAACAGUGCUCAGCUGCAGCAUGGUGGACGAUAUUCAAUACGACAGUCUCAAACAAAGCACUCGUUGGUUAUCCGGGAAACUAACACUACAGAAGACGCAGCAGAGGUCACGUUCAUUGCCAACGGAGUCCGGGAUUCAGCUGUGCUCAAGGUCAAACCUAUGGUGGUAAAAUUCACUCCAGUGUCAGACUUAGACAGUAAUAAGAGGGUGUCCAUUGGUGACCCCAUUGUACUAUACUGUGAGGUCUCCCACCCAUUUGGCAAAGUAUCCUGGUUCAAAGACGGCGAGGAACUCCAGGUGACCGAUGGCCUCAACAUCCAAUCAGAUGGGAACAUGAGGAGGGUUGUGAUUCAGUCGGCUGAUGCGUCUCACGCUGGAGUUUACACAUGUGAAACUUCAGGAGAGGUCAUCAAAUUCAACGUGGAUGUUGCAGGUCCACCUGUGGAGUUCAGUCCAGUCCCAGAGGAGGAGCUCCAAAAGAGCAGCAUGGAGCUGGACCCUGUGGUGCUGCUGUGCCAUGUCUCUGCAGACGAUGCUGAAGUUGUGUGGUAUAAGGAUGGCUGUGAAAUCAAGCCCAGUGACAACAUCACUCUGCAGGCGGAGGGAACCAUGAGGAGGCUGAUCAUUCGCUCUGCAGAAAUCUCAGAUGCUGGCAGCUACACCUGCCAGGCAGGAACAAACAGCAUGGAGUUUACUGUCAAGAUCAAAGAGCCGCCAGUGAUGAUCGUGGAACCUAAGGAUGAUAUUGUGAUGGAGAGCUAUAUUUCAGAGGACACCCACCUGCAGUGCGAGUUGUCUCGUUCCAGUGGGAAGGUGCAGUGGUUCAAGAAUGGCCAGUUGGUGGAGGAAAGCGACAACAUCCAGCUGAUAUCUGAGGGUCCUUACAGGAGGUUGACUAUCCUUAAUGGCACAGUGGAGGAUGGCGGAGAGUACAUCUGUGAAACAGACGGCGACUCUGUCUUUUUCCAGCUUACUGUCAAGGAGCCACUGGUAAGAAUCGUUUCCCCCAGUGAACCAGAGUUGGAAAUGACUCAUUUGGCCUCUGAGAGGCUGGAGCUCAGCUGUGAGAUCUCCCAGGCGGACGCCCCUGUCCGGUGGUACAAAGACAGCCUGGAGGUAGAUGAGGGUGAAAACUUGAUCCUGGAGGAGGAUGGCGCCCAACGCCGGCUGGUUAUACCCAUAACUACAGUGGACGACACAGGGGAGUAUAUAUGUGACACUGAAGAUGACUCUGUGUCCUUCCUGGUGACCAUUACAGAGCCACCAGUGAUGCUUACUCGUCCCAAAAACAUGCCUGACAAAUUGGAGAGUUUUGCUGGCAAACCAAUCGUACUGGAGAUCGAGAUGUCCCGGCCAAAUGCUGAAGUCAAGUGGUGGUUAAAUGGCCGAGAAGUAGAGGAGAGCAGUAAUAUCACGAUCACACAGGACGGGCUCAUCCGUCGUCUGACCAUCCACUCUCCAACCCCAGAGGAUUCAGGGAAAUACACCUGUGACGCUGUUGAUGAUAAAAUUGAUUUCCAGGUCAAAGUUUCAGAGCCGCCAGUGAAGAUCCUGAGAAAGUCAGAGAUCAAGACAAAUCUUAAAUCCCUGAUUUCCGACGACAUCGUGCUGGAGUGCGAGCUCUCCAGGCCCAACGCUGUUGCCAAAUGGUACAAGAAUAACUGUCGUAUUGAGGACGAUGAAAGGUACUGUGAAGAGGAAGAAGGUGCUUUUCGCUCUUUGGUCAUCCUCAACGCUGAGCUUGGAGACUCAGGAGAGUACUUUCUGGAUGUCGGAGAUGACAGUAUCAGCUUCCAGGUUACAGUGGAAGAGCCUCCAGUGACAAUCGUGGGCAACUCAAAUGACCUUGACAGCCAGGAGAUGAUGGCAGGUGAAGACCUGAUUCUGGCCUGUGAAGUGUCCCGUGCCAGUGCCCCUGUUCAGUGGUACUGCAAUGACAGGCUGCUUACCAGUGACUCCCGGACCAACAUUGAGAGCUACGGCACUCUGAGGAAAAUAAUCAUCUCCAACGUCCAGCCCUCGGAUUCUGGGAAAUACGUGUGUGAUGCUGUGGACGACAAGAUGAUCAGCGUUAUUAAGAUUCAAGAGCUUCCAGUUACGUUUGUGAACAAGAAGGACGACAUUGUGGUGACGGGUUACGAAGCAGAGAGUGUGACCUUGACGAGCUACGUGUCCAAGGAAAGUGCUCUAGUACGUUGGCUAAAGGACUGGACGCAUGUUGAAGGUGAACGCUUCCGGGCGCUCAUGGAGGGCCAUGAACGCACCCUUACCAUCGACCCUUUGAGGCGCUCUGAUGCUGGCGAGUACACCUGCGACGUCAACACGGACCAGAUCCACUUCAGCUUGCUGGUGAAAGAAAUGAGAAUCAAGUUUGUGAGGCCGCUGCGAGACACUGUAGCCCAUGCUGAUGGUAUGGUGACCCUUCGCUGUGACGUGUGCAAGCCAAAAGCAGAUGUCCAGUGGCUGAAGAAUGGCGAGGAGGUGGUUCCAAGUAGGAGGUUCACCAUUCGGGCAGAUGGAGUUGAGAGAAGCUUGACAAUCCACCGUUUAACCAGAGAGGAUGCUGGGGAGUACACCUGCGAGUCCAGAGAUGACCGGACUGUUGCAAAGCUGAGAGUAGAGAUGCCUCGAGUGGUGGAGUUCCUCACAGAGCUCCACAACACCACUGUACUUGAAGGAGAAGAUGCCACGUUCAAGUGUGUGGUUUCACCGGAGGAUGUCGGGUUGGUCUGGCUCAUGGACAAUGAGCCUAUCACGCUGGGAAAUCGUUUCCAGGCUAACCAGAACGGUCUGUGCCACACCUUGAUCAUCAAGAAGUGCCAGAUGUUGGACUGUUCGAGGAUUACAGCAGAGGCCGAGGGGCAAAUAAGCAAAGCCAGUCUCAAAGUUCAGGAGGCCCAGGUCAUGUUUACAAAGAAAAUGGACGCUGUAAUGGCAGAAGAGUUUGGCGAUGCCACCUUAGAGACCGAGAUCAGCCUUGAGACAGGAGAGGUCCAGUGGAUGAGGCAAGGGGUCGUAAUCCAGCCCGGUCCCCGACACACGCUGUCGCAGGAGGGCUGCAAACGUAUUCUGUCCAUCCAGAACCUGACGCUGUCUGACCGGGGAACCUAUCGCUGCGAGACUCUGCAUGACCGGACGCAGGUCAAGCUCAACGUAGAACCCCGUAAAAUCUCCAUCCGUAAAGGCCUGACCGACCAAGAGACCUUUGAACGAGAGACUGCCUCCUUCGAGGUGGAGCUCUCCCACACAGACGUGGAGGGAAUCUGGCAGAAAGACGGCAUCCGGGUGAAACCCAACAACCAGUGGAGGGUGAGCACCAACGGGCUGGUGCACAGCCUCACCCUGUCCAACCUCACCCUGGAGGACACGGGCACGAUUAUCUUCUCGGCCGAAGGUGUGCGCACCAUUGCGAGGCUCACGAUCAAAGAGACUCCGGUGUCCAUCCUGAGAAUGCUGGCUGACGUCCGCGUGGAGGAGGAACUUCCAGCCACUCUGGAGUGUGAAUUCUCCAGACAGCUCGUCGAGGUCAAAUGGUUUAAGAACGGGACGGAGCUGAAGCCGGGGAAGAACUGUCGGAUCUACUCUAUGGGCCGGAAAAGGUUCUGUCAGAUCAUGCAGUGCUGUUUGGCCGACGCUGGCACCUACACAUGUGACACGGGGGAAAUCAAAACAUCCUGUUCACUGGAGGUUUAUGAGCAUAAGUUGGAGAUAGUGCAGGACCUGGAGGACCUUUACAUUCAGGAGGACCAGAACGCCGUCUUCAUGUGUGAGGUGUCUCUGGAGGAGGUGACAGGAGAGUGGUACAAAGACGGCCACAAGAUCCGACCCACGAGCACCAUCAAGAUCCGCACUGAAGGGACCAAACACUUCCUCCUGAUGUGUAACGUCAAAGCUGAAGAUGCCGGAGAGAUCCACUUUGUAGCCAGAGAUGUUGAAUCGACGGCGUACCUCGAGGUUGAAGAGCUCCCCGUUUCCAUCGUGAAACCCCUACGAGAUCGAACGGCCCUGGAGAAACACCGCGUGAUCCUCGAGUGCACCGUCUCCUCGCCUCGCUGCACCGCCACCUGGUACAAAGGCAAGGAGGAGGUGGCUCCCUCAGAUCGAGUGGAGAUCCUGGCUGACGAAUGCUCCCUGAAACUGGUGAUCCAGCAGGUGGAGGUGGAGGACGAGGGCACCUACACCAUCAAGGUGGGGGAGCACACAUCCAAAGCCAAACUGAUGGUGGAAGCCCAGGCCCUCGUGAUGGUCAAACACCUCGAGGACGUGGAGGUAACCGAGCCUGAACCUGCAUCUUUCCAGUGCGAGGUGUCCGUCGACAUAAACAAGCCUCCAGUUUGGACUCUGAACGGAGACACCCUUCAACCAGGCCCUUCUGUCCGCCUGGAAAACCACGGGACUGUCCACAAACUCACCCUGAAGGAAACCAGCGUGGACAUGAGCGGGGUGGUGAAGUUCACCAUGGGCAAGGCCAAGAGCAGCGCCGGGCUGAGCGUGAAGUAGAAGAGGAGCUGGAAAAGCAAGUGACUCUGGAAGAAAGAAAGAAAGUGACUGCAAAAAUGGGAAUUUUGUUCAUGUUUGAAAACUCAGUGAGGUUAGGCUGAGCAUUUUAAACCUUUUUUUUUUUUUUACAGUUAUAUUUAUUUGCCUAUAACUGACUUUACAUUCUUGUAUUCUGAUAACAUCCCGCCAAAAUAAAACACAAAGCAACAUUGGUGUAAUAUCUACACAUCACUGCUAAACAAACCGUGGACGUUUGCAGCUGUUAACUCUACGGAUAAUUGAUUAAUUCAGAGUUUUGUACUGUUGAUCGGACAAAACAAGACACUCCUUACCUUCUGGGAAGUCACAAAGAGAAUUUUUCACUGUUUUCUGACAUCUUAUGGGAAAUUAUUAACCGAUUAAAAGAGAAAAAUAACUGCCAGAUUAUUCUAUAAUUAAAAUACUGUUAGUUGCAGUCCCCGAUAUUCACAUUGUUUCGUGUUCAAGCUCCUUGUUGUAGUGCCGCUCUUCUUUGGUACCAUAAAAAAGUAAAUUUUGUCUUGUUAAAUGAGAUUUUAAACUGCUGGUUGUGUAUCUAUCAGGUUACACAAUAUUUAUAGCUUUUAUCGAAUGUAACAUCAUCUAUAAUUUCAAUUUUUUUCAAUAGAAAAUGUAUUAAAUCAAAUUAUUCCACUACUUCAACUGUUAUUUAUGUUUCUGGGAAGAAGAAACGCUCGACAAAGCAGCACUUGGACCAUGUUUCAUUUAGCAUUUAUGGAAAAAAAAAGAGGCAUUAUUACAGUCCAUAUAUAUAAUUUGGUAUGAUAAAACAGGUCAAAAAAAAAAAUUAGGUUACAUCUAUUCAAUCAUGAGUACAGUAACAUGAAUAUUCCAUAUAUUAAUGAAGAUUUGUUUGCUUUAUUACUGUGCAAAACAAAAUAUACAAACCUACUUGAAUGUGUAAGAAGUACAGUAUCAGUGAACGGGCCCCGUAGUGACACAACACUUGUUUUAUAUGUGAUCAAAUAACUGAACGUUCCUAUAAAUACUCCUGUUUGCCGAUGAAUACUCAGCGUUGAGCCUAAACUGAGACGUGACGAUGGCUUACAUGUGUCAAACCUUUAAAGUAAUCACCCUGUUAUGUGCCCACAACAGUAAAAUAUUUGUUUUAGUCAUUUGCUGGUGUUCGAGCCAUAUAUUACAGAUUAAUAUAUGAGGUAACGACCACAAACUGUUGCAAAACAAAAAGAAAAUGAGAAGCAAACAGGCUAAUUUGAUUGACGAUAAUUUGUUAAACAUAUAAAAAUAACGUGAUAACUCUUAAUACGGUGGAUUUUUUUGUCGCCUCCUGCCUCCUCGUCUCGGUAACGUCUCAUCGCGAGCCCGCCGCGGAGGCUCUUAGUCAAAAACUCGCCGUUUUCAUUCAUCGGUGUCGACGCAUGGUUAUUGUCAACGCGUAAGAGGUUUGCAUCGCGUGAGAAAA